CGACCAGGAGACCUGAGUCAGUUGCUUGCGCCGGUCGCUCUGAGGUGACAGCCGUUGUGCGACGUCUUGGGGAAGCCAUGGGGCGGCAGUGGGGACCCUCUAUGAAGGUGGCGGAGCAGGCGGGCUGCGUGGUGAGCGCCUCGCGGGCCGGGCAGUCCGACAUAGGCUCGUGGAGUUGCAGCGGGGUGAUCCUGAGCCGCAAUCCAGGCCUUGUGCUGUGUCACGGGGGCAUCUUCACCCCCUUCCUGAGGACGGGCAGCGCGGCCCUGACCCAGACGGGUGCCACUUUCCUACCCGGUGACAGUUGCAGCGAUGACCUGCGCCUGCACGUGCAGUGGAGAUCCACGGCUGCCAGCCCCGCCGGUCGCGCAAAGCAGGAGCUCCCGGGGCUGUGUACACCUCAGUGUGCAAGCGUGGGCCUCGAACCCGGCGCCACCGGCCGGGCCCGGGCACAGCCUCUCCAGCCCCCGCGGCCCGCACAGCUACUACUGCUGAUCAGCUGCCCUGCUUUCCGCUCCCACUUCGCACGACUCUUCGGGGCCGAAGCAGCCGAGCAAUGGCACUUCGUGAGCUCGGCGCCUGACGAUGCGGUGUCGGAGGAGGAGGAGGAGGACCAGCUGCGCGCGCUCGGCUGGUUCGCGCUGCUGCGGGUGCGAUCGGGUGCGGCGGAGGAGGAGAGGCGGGGGCCGGCCGUGGCCGUGGCGCCGCUGGGGACUGUGGCCAAGGGCGCCCCGCUGCUGGCUUGCGGCUCUCCGUUCGGCGCCUUCUGCCCGGACAUCUUUCUGAACACGCUGAGCCGCGGCGUGCUCAGCAACGCUGCGGGACCGCUACUGCUCACCGAUGCGCGCUGCCUGCCGGGCACGGAAGGCGGCGGAGUGUUCGCGGCUCGGCCCGCGGGCGCGCUGGUGGCGCUAGUGGCCGCGCCGCUCUGCUGGAAGGCCCGCGAGUGGGUGGGCCUCACGUUGCUUUGCGCCGCCGCCCCGCUGCUUCAGGUCGCUCGCUCCGUGCUGGCUCGCCUGCAUCCAGGCUCCGCCUCCCUGGCGCCGCUGCUGCCACCCGAGGUGGGCUCCCCGUGGGGCCCGCCCCUGAGAGACUUCGGACCCCCGUGGGCAGCUGCGGCCGUGCUGGUGGAGUGUGGUACUGUGUGGGGUUCCGGAGUGGCCGUGGCGCCUCGCCUGGUGGUGACUUGCCGGCACGUGGCUCCCCGGGAAGCAACCAGGGUCCUGGUGCGCUCGGCCAUCCCCAAGAAUGUGGCAAUCUGGGGACGAGUGGUGUUUGCCACUCAGGAGACCUCUCCAUACGACAUAGCAGUGGUGAGCCUGGAAGAGGACCUGGACGGUGUCCCCUUGCCUGUUCCCACCGAGCACUUCCAUGAAGGUGAGCCUGUCAGUGUGGUGGGCUUUGGUGUCUUUGGCCAGGCCUGUGGGCCCUCGGUGACCUCGGGCAUCCUGUCGGCCGUGGUGCAUGUGGAUGACACCCCAGUGAUGCUACAGACCACAUGUGCCGUGCAUGGUGGCUCCAGUGGAGGACCCCUCUUCUCCACGCGCUCAGGGGACCUCUUGGGCAUCGUUGCCAGCAACACUCGGGACAACAACACGGGCGCCACCUACCCACACCUGAACUUCAGCAUUCCCGUAACAGUGCUCCAGCCAGCCCUGAAGCAGUACAGCCAAACUGGCGACCUGGGUGCUCUCCAAGAGCUGGACCACGCCACUGAACCAGUCAGGGUGGUGUGGCGGCUGCAGCGGCCCCUGCCUGAAGCCCCGCGGAGCAAGCUCUGAGACUGUCCCUCUUCUGGGACAAGGUAGACCACUUUAUGGCUGUGAGAAGUGGAUGGAUGUGGCCACUGUGACAUCUCAGUCACCUGCCAGGGCACACCCCAAGCCACCCCUCAUCUGUACCCACUGACUGCCCGGGAGCAAAGUGCUGUGCAGCUCGGUGGCUUUCUGAUCGACAUUGGGGUGCUUUCUUGAGCCCGUCUCUUCUGUUUCCCGGAGCUAGGCUUGGCAUUGUCAUUGUGCCUUCUGGGGAUUGUAGUCCAUAGGGCAGAAAGGGCAAUCCAACCCCAUUCCACCCCCUAUCCCUGUUUGGCAUCUGACAACCCCUGUACCCAGCAGGUAGAGGCCUCUGCUUGGAAGUCCAGAGUCCCAGUGGCCAAUAACAGGAGUGCCUUCCCAUUGCCACACCAGUACAUAGGCAAAUCCCCGAAAGCCACCUAGGCCUUUACUCUGACACAGUGCCUUCAUUUUCUAGUCCAGAGCCUGGGACUCGGGGUCUUGUAGGUGGUGUGUGUGAAGGGGGCUGAGGAAUAAACACUUUGAAUGGUC